UGCCUCUGGCUGUUAUAGAUCUGCUCAACCAGGGUUGACCUGGGGCUAAGAAACAACACGCGAUCAACCCUCCUCUCUUUCUUUAUCAUUCAUACACACACACACCGAUUCCUUCUUUCUUUCUCAACCUCUCCAUCAUACACACAUUUUUCCUUUUUCCUUCUUCUUUCUCUCUCUUUAAAUCUUUUAUACACAUUCACGCAGCCUCCUUCUCCCUUUCUCUCCUUAUCUAUAUAUCAUUCAUACACACACACGCAGACUCUCCCUCUCUCUUUAACUCCGUCAUACACGCACAACCUCUCCCUCUCUCAUUCACACAGAUUCCUCCUCUCUUUAUAUCUUUCAUCAUACACGUUCAGUCUCCUCUCUCUCUCUUUAUCACACACAUCUUCUUUUUCUUUCUCCCGCUCUUUCUUUACCUACCAUUCACACUCAUACGGACUCUUCCUCUCCGUCUUUAUAUCUUUCAUACACAGACGUUUAGACUCUCCCUCACUCUCUACUUGUAUCUAUCACACACACACGGCCUCUCCUUCUCUGUCUGUCUGUCUCUCUCUCUCUAUCUCUAUCUCUCUCUCUGUCUCUCCUUCACCCUCAAGCCAGUCGUUCCCUCAGCACCGCCCGUCUCACCAUCUUUGUACAUCUCUGCCAGUCACCGAAGCCAGAGAUCUUAGCACUGGAUGCUGCUGAUGUUCUUAAUUCUCCCUUGCGAUGCUUCAGUUUCAGACUGGCACAAGAAGAGGAACGGAAUCUAGUCGCCGCUGGUUGGGUCCUUUACGAAAACAGUCCCCAAUUCUCGAUUCCUUUCACUAGUUUAAGGACAAUCAGAUGGAAGGGUGUGACUCUGUAGACCAGUUCUCACUAUGAUGAAACAGAAAGUCUGCAAUCGGCCUUUCCAGUGCUUUCUACAGAAUUUCCAUUACAACCGCGACAGCAACACAACCACCACCAGCACCACCACCGCCACCAACAACAACAACAACACAUCCUCCACUAUUACUACUACUACUACUACUACUACUACCACUGCUAUUACUACAACUAUUAACACCACUGCUGAUAUCACAACAACUGGCACUUCACUUAACGUUUCUCAUACUAUAACACCUCCAAGACUGUUGUUCUUUUGGGAUGAAUUUUACCAUUUCGUGUGUGAUGCUCUUAAGCCAACAUUUGCCAAACAAACAAGGAACUUGCCUCGAAGAAAAGCUUAUAGAAACACUUGCCUCGCCUUCGUUCUAGUUGAGUGUGGUGUGCUCUAGAAGCUAUGCAAAAAGCUUCGAAUAAAAUCUUACCAAGACGAUGGAAAAACAGAGGCAAAGUAAACUCAAGCUCUAUAUCAGCAAUAUGGAAGCCAGAGGGUUGCUGUACAUGGGGGAAUGUUAGUGGCCGUAAGGUUAUUCUGCAACCAGUGAGUAUCCUGACAUUGACCAAAGCAGUUGAACAAGAAGCUCUGAGAAAGGUAGCACUGACCAAAGCACAAAAAAUAAUGCCAGACUGUACCAUAGAGAUUCCAAAAGCAUGUGUGGAUGCCAAACGACAGAAGCGGCUGAAAAAACGGUCUCAGUCUGUGAACCUUGGUGGCCUUCUAUCACAGAAAGAGGAACCACGACCUGUUGGUUUGGUCUUUGAAAUUCCAUUGUCAAGGUGUAUAGCAAAUGAAAAUAACUUGAAGAAGCGGCGUAACAAAUCCCUGGGAGAGGCAACAGAGAAACGUGAAUUGAAACAACCUUGUACAUCUUCAGAAGGUUCCACAGAAGCCUUGAUUGGACACAAUGGUAACGCUGCACAUCCACUGGAGACAUCAAACAAUCGCUCUUUCCACGCAGGCAGCACCGACUCUUUGUCUGAGUCAGAAGGGAACCCUGAGCAAACAGACAAGGGUUCAAGUCUCAUUGAAGCAUUAUCUUUAUCAAUAUCCGGAAGAGAAAGUGUUAAUGAUGAAAACCUUCAACACCUUUCUGGAGAUGGUCCAAUGGUGCCACAGAUAGUUCUGGCUUGUUUCAGACAUAUAGAGACAUAUGGUUUCCAUGUUUUGGGAAUAUUCCGAGUUGGGUGUUCAAAGAAGAGAGUCAAACAGUUGCGAGAUGAAUUUGAUAGCGGCAAAGACGUCAUCCUUGAUGAAUCUCAGAACCCACAUGAUGUCGGUGCCCUAUUAAAGGAAUUUUUUCGAGACUUACCUGAGCCCCUACUUACUCGGGAUCUUUAUUCACCUUUUGUGGCCACACGACGAAUCAACAACCCUGAGAAGCAGAUUUUGGCCCUUAAGUUGCUGGUUUCUCUUCUGCCAGUCCCUAACAGGGAUACUUUAUGGGCCUUGAUGAAGUUCUUGAGGAAAGUUGCUCAACAUUCCACAGAUACCAUUGAUAAGAAUGGUCAAACAUUACCCGGGAACAGAAUGGACUCAACAAAUUUGGCCACCUUAUUUGGCCCCAAUAUUCUUCAUAAAGCUAAAGUGGGAGAAAGGAAAUACAUGGUGGAAAGUUGUGCCAGAGCCGAGGAGAGAAAAGACGUGAUAGAAGUCGUGAAGACAAUGAUUGAAGAUUCUUCCAUUUUUGAGAUCCCACCAAAUAUUUAUGAUGAAGUCCUGCGUUACAUCAUGGAAGAUAAUCCAGAAGUGUGUGAUAAGUUACUGAAACAUAUUGCCAGUGAUAGUGGAGUUGAUGUUGGUUUGGAAACUAGUUAUGGGAGUGUGUUUAGUGAGGGUGAAAGCCAACAGAAUCUCCACCCUCGCCAGACACAUCGAUUAUGUUCUUCACUUUCUGAUGCUGGAGACAGCAGAGGUGCGAACCUCCACCGACAACUCAGUUCCCAGUCUUCGUACACAUCCUGCCCAUCGGAUUCUGAACGUGACGAUACCGACCCACGUCAAGCGGGACCCGAUUACCACCGACGCCAAGCAAGAAUGAUUCUUCGUCAACGCUGCAAGACAUCAACUGACCUCCAACUCUCUCCAACCGGCCUUAAUGUUUCGGUUCCUGUCAGAAACACACAGCAAUUGCAGGCAUCAGGCAGCCAAACAUCAAAUACCACAUUGACAGUUCCACAGCAAUCACAGUAUAUUAGGCAGAACAGCUGUCCAGGGUUGUGUUCCUCUUCUACAUCACCGCCAUCAUCAUCAUCAUCAUCAUCAUACUUCACUCCAUCUACAUUGGUCCACAUCGUAGAUCAGCGCUCUCCCAAACUGGGGCUUUCCAAAUCUGAACGAGAACUCUCUCAGACAGGUUAUUCAAGACUGCUAGCUCACUCCAGAGAAAGCUCUCCUGCAUCCACUCCUCCCAGAAUCACCACCACAACAUCAUCGUUGUCAUCACCAUCAUCAUCAUCAACACCUCCGACAUCAUUCACCUCUUUGCAACAAGCACAGCCUCUCAAAGCACCAAACUCUCAGUUGCAGAGAAUUGCAGAAUGGCAAAGAGAAAGAUGGCGCCAAUGGGGUCAUUUAACUUCAGAUAAAUCUGAAGAAAAAAAGGAGCAUGAGACUUUGGUAUAAUGGAUUCCUGGAAAAUGUAACGCAUAUAUAUAUAUAUAUAUAUAUAUAUAUAUAUAUAUAUCAUAUGUAUAAAUAUAUACACACACACAUAUACAUAUAUAUAAAUAUUAUAUAUAUAUAUACAUACAUAUAUAUAUAUAUAUAUAUAUAUAUAUAUAUAUUGCAGAUUAUUAUCAAGAAAAAAUUGCAAGGGCUGUUAAAAGUGGGUGUAUAUGUGAGAAAAAGAGAAAGUGUACUUGUAUGAUGUUUGUGUGUGUAUGUGUGUUUCUGUGAAUGUAUAUGUAACGUAUAUAUAUAUCUAAGUAUAUUUUUGUGCACACUGAAAAAGAUGUAUAAAUAUGUAUGUGUACAUCGUAUACAUGUACAUAACCGUCAACUGGGUGCACAUUUGUUUAAAUACACACACACACACAUACACACAAAGCAGAAAAAUGUACAUGUAUGUGUGUGUAUUGAUGUUUAUACAUAUAUAUAUGUAAGUAUAUAUGUGUGUGUGUGUGUGUUUGUAUGUGCAUAUACAUGUGUGAGUUUGCAUGUGUUUGUAUUUGUGUAUGUGUGUAUGUAUAUAUAUGCACACAUAUGCCUGUGUAUAUACAUAAACACACACACAUAUAUGAAUAUAUACUUAUAUAUAUAUAUCAUCAUCAUUAUCAUCAUCGUUUAACGUCCGCUUUCCAUGCUAGCAUGGGUUGGAGGAUUUGACUGAGGACUGGUGAAACUGGAUGGCAACACCAGGCUCCAAUCUAAUUUGGCAGAGUUUCUACAGCUGGAUGCCCUUCCUAACGCCAAAUAUAUAUAUAUAUAAUCUUGAUGUGUAACUGACAUAUUUCUCCCUCAUUGUGAAACUAGACCAGCCUGGUUACCACAUUUGGUUUAAAGCCCUUGUUCUGUUCUCACAGCAAAGGCUCGAGUGAACAGGGUGUCCAUAAACUACACAUACAAUUUAAAGUGGAAAAGUGUGGAACUUGCAAAGAUAAUAUCCGGACAUCCUACAUAUUUAUUAAACAUAUGGGUGUAACUGUGUUUAAUAUAUACAUGCAUACAUAUAUGUAGUGUAUACAUACAUACAUAUAUAUAUAUAUAUAUAUAUAUAUAUAUAUAAUUAUAUACAUACAUAUUUAUAUAUAUAUAUAUAUUUGUAUAUAACUGUAUAUGUAUGUGUAUGUUUAUGAUUAUGUGUGUGCAUGCAUGUGUGUAUAUAUAUAUAUAUGCGUGUGUGUAUGCAUGUGUGUAUAUAUAUAUAUAUGCGUGUGUGUAUGUGUGCAAAUAAUCUAUGCCCUCGAUUUGUGAUUAUAUGUAUGUGUGUGACUCAGUAUGUAGGAGUUUGUCCGUGUAUCUGUACAUGUGUGUAUGUGUUUAUACGUACGUAUGUGUGUGUGUGUGUAUAUAGUUUAUGCACUCAAUGUAUAAAAUAUUGCAGCAAAACUGUAUAUAAUGCACAAGGAAAUAAUCAGCAGCAAAAAUAAAUGAUGGAAUGAGAGGAGAAGAAGCAGUUAAGAGUAAAAUUACGAAGUGGCCAAUAUUUUAUUGUUAUAUAAGUCUUUUUUGUUAUAUAUUUUAUUUGUUGUUUUUUAAUCAAGGUAGAUAACUCUACAAGCCUUGAGAUACGAUUCUGAAAAAACAAAAUCAUUACAAAAAAAAAAUUAAUAAAAGCGUAAAAAUAUAUAAACAGUUGAAAGAAAACAAAUAAAAAAAGAAGGCAUGAGCCUGAAUUAUGAAAUUGGUUGAAAUAGAUUUAUACAUACACGCAUACAUACAUACAUACAGACAUACAUGCACAUGCAUACAUACACGCAUACACACAUACACACUUGCAUGCAUGUGUGCAUACAUAUAUGUACACAUGAUUAUGUGUGUGUGUGUGUGUGUUUACAUGCACACACACACACAUAUGGCCUUCAAGCAGCAGCCCUCUCCAGCCUCAUAACCAUCUGAAUUGAAUCUAAGACCCUGUUCAAAGAUGUGGGGUGACAUGACAUCACCUUCACUGGAGACACACCCAAGACCAUCACAGUUUGUGAGACCUUGGCUUUCAUGACAUAGGACAUGGAUUAUAGGCAUGUCGUCUGUUAUUGUGGAUGUUACACAACUGGUCCCAGCAGAAGUUCUUUUCUUCUGAGAAGGACCAGAUCCUCCCCCAGCUCACACGAUGCCUCACUUUGUUCAUGAGCUCCUUUUCCUUUGCCAAGUGGUUCUCCUUGGUCUUGGUCAUAAGAAUUUGUCCCUUACACUUCUUGUAUGAUUGGUAGAAGAGGUCCUCAUUGAGGGCCAGCUUUAUUGUGACAACUUAAAAACUCAUCUCUCUCACCGAAGCCUAGAUUUCCUUGCUUGGAUCUUCCAUCACCUUGUUCUUCAGUUGUUGGCUAAAUUCCAGUGUGCAGACACAAUCAGAAUGCCCUGUUGUGUCCGUUCCUGCUGGCCAUGGCUUCACAGUCUCCAUUGCAGCUGUCCGUGUCACAUCUUACACCCUUUCCACUGUCCACAAAGCUUUGAGUAACAAUCAUUCUGCCAUUGGCUUUUUGAUACCUGGCACAAAGCGUCCUGAUACAAGUCAACCUUUCCUCAAUAUUCAGAUGGCUUCCAAUUCUCCAUGUCAGAUAAUUUCUUUCUCAUCUACAACUUCGCCCUUUAUGCUUUCCAAUGCCAUAGAAUAUUCAUCAAUACAUCAAGCUGAUCCUGAAAAAAGGAGACAUAAAAAAUCGUCUAAUUUAACCCAAACACCUUCUGUGCAUGUAUGUUUCUAUGUAUGUAUAACACGCACACACAUACACACACAAACACACACAUACACACACAUUUCUUAUUUCCCCCUCUCAUCAGGUAUUUGGUGACAUUAUUAGCAUUAGCAAUGGAAUGAAUAUGAUGUAGAACUUUCUUGAACAAUGAAGAAGAAGAAAGAAAUGAACAUAUUGAUGGAGUGGAAUGGUGAGGUGGUGGGGGUGGCUUGUUUUAUGACACACCUGUUUAGAAUACUGCUCACCUGUAUGCAUGAUGAUGAUGGACUACAUGAGUCAGCAAGUGACCUACAUGAUGUUGCUUGGUUUGUUAGAAAUAGCAGCAGAGUCUUCCUCAUAACACACCUUGCUCUCUUAAAAAGGAGCAAUGCAUUAGAUAGUGUAGCUUUAGAUAGUCUUAAAGAGGUGAGGUGGUCAUCUCUAGAUUGUCAUUUCUCAGAUGCCUACUCAACCAAGAUUAACAUGGAGAUUUGGCAACAACAGAGAUUAUAUUUCAUUUUGCAGAAUUCUGCCAAAGUUGGAACUUUGGGAGCAACAAACGAAACCCCUUAUAUUAUCUAAUCACUUCCCUUUAUGUUCUGAGUUUGGUAUUACUCUAGGUUUCACUUUACAUUCCACCCUUUCUGGGGUCAAUAAAAUAUGUACCAGUGAAGUACUGGGGUCGAUCAGAUUGACUAAACCCCUUCCUUUAAAAUUACUGCCCUUGCCUGAAAAUUUGAAACUCUUCUUUUUCUUGUUGUUGCUGUUGUUGUUGUAAUUAUUAUUAUUAUUAUUAUUAUUAUUAUAUAAGGUGGCGAACUCGCAGAUUCUUUAGCUCACUGGAAGGAAUGGUUAGUGGUAUUUUUCCCGUCGCUACAUUCUGAGUUCAAAUCCCACCGAGGUUGACUUUACCUUUCAUCUCUUUCUGAUGAAAUAAGUGCCAGUUAUGCACUGAGAUUGAUGUAAUCAAUUAGUCCCCUCCACCAACAUUUUAGGCCUUGUGCCAAUAAUGGAAACGAUCAUUAUUAUUGAUAUAAUUAUCAGAUUUUAAAAUAUUUUUCAAUAAGAUGGACAAGUAACAGUAUCGAGUUUUAUUACCAAUUUAAACAUCAGCAAAUUUUUAAAACAAGUUUAUUUUAUGUUUUCAGAUAUAUACAAGUGAGGUUGUCAAUAAAGUCACAUUUUAAAUUCAUCAAAUUAAAAAUAAAUAUUGCUAUUGGUCAUUAAUCAUCGCAAAGAAUUUUAUCAAACGAUAAUUUAUAAUAAACAUACAUAAAACAACAUAUUUGAUGAUCAGGAAAUACGACGAUAUUUGGAAAUUAAUAAUGUUUAUUACUCAUAGAACCCAAUAUGUUUGACCAGUUGCAUAUUGGUUGCGUGUAAGCUGAUUUAUUCAAGUUUUAGAUAGAGUUUUAAGAAUGAUUCAACAUCAUAGACGAAUACUAGUUGUAUAAAAAUAUUUCUUUUUGCUGGAGUAAAUAUAUUUCUCUGUAUAUCCAACCAUAUCACUUGUGCCAUGUGAAUAUGUUUUUAACAGAAAAUAACUAAAAUGGCGAGUGCUCUUUGUAAAGGUAGAGAAUAAGGUCAGCAGAGUUAUCUACCUUGUCUCAAAGUCAUUUCUCGCAGUAACAUUAAGAAUUCUAACAUUUGUUGGCAAUCGCCGCUACGAAGUGGAAUUGGUAUGUGUAGGGCUAUUAUCAGCCAGGCAAACUGGGCUAAGGAAAGAGUUCUCUGAUUGAACCAGGAACUCUCAACUAUGUCUACCACACCGUUUGAUCCCAUCGUCUAGCACCAUAGCUAAACAGCUUUUGUUCCAUACCUUUCAGCUAUUUGGAGUUUCAGGAAUCGGUGAUCAGGUGGUAAAAUAAUUGUAACGUAUGUGGCAGGAAGAGAGAGAACGUGUGUUCAAUCCCUGUAAAUACCUGUCCUAUUAUUUUAUUCUUUUAUUUUAUUUUCCAUCUUGUUUUUGUCUUUACAAAUUUUCAUUUCAAAUAUUUUCGUCUUCACUGUCAUCUUUGGCAUUAUCAUUUUAACAGGUUUACUUAAAAUUUAACACACACACACACACAGAGGGAAAAUAGAUGAGAUCUCAGGAUGUUAAAUGUUACAGCGAAAACGAUGCCUGAUUGCUCCAGAUGGAGAUUUUUCAUACAAUGUACACUUUCAGGUCAAUAGAAGUUUGGAAAAAUAGAUAUUAAAAUGUUGAAAGUUAUGGUAAAGAUGAAGACGAUUGUGAUAUGUAUAUACCGGUACAUAAUAUAUACAUAUAUGCAUACAUACUUAUAUAUAUAUAUAUACACACACACAUACAAACAUACAUACACACACAUAUAUAUAAAUAUGUAUGUGUGUGUAUAUCCACUACCACCAUCUCCACCACCAAUACCCUCAUAUUAAUUCCAUCUGUAUGAAUUCAUUCAUAAAAUCACAUCAAAUCACAACUAAGAAACAAUUGCAGCCUCCCCCUUAAAAACAAAAAAAAAUUACUAAAGACAAAAUACAUACAUAAAAAUAAAACUUUAAAACUAUAUAAUUUAUGAUAAAAAAAAAUACAAUUAAGUCUUCUCACUAAAAAUUGAUUUUAAAAAACUGCUUUAUUUUGUAUUGUUUUUCACCAAAGCUCAAAGCAAAUGUUUAUAAAAAUCUGGAAUCUACCCAGCCCUGGGUGGAGAAACAGGUUUGGGACAAAGUUGAAGGUUUUCUUUGUCUCUGUUAUGUUUUGCUCACCUUAAAAAAAUAAAAUAAAAUAAAAACUACAGAGGUGAAGUGGGGGGAGAACAACCUCACUCCCCCCCCACCUAAAAAAUACAACAAAACUGUUAUAUUUUGUGAAUCAAGUGAAUAAUAAUAAUGUUCAUUCUUUACCGUGUUCUUUGGAAAUAAUUUUCAGAGAGAAAUAAAUGAUAGAUUUAUUGGAGAA